GCGGGCGGCGUCUAGGCCGCGAGUUGGUAGCUGAGUCGGCGCGGUGGUGAAAUUUCUGGGAGCGGCGUGGCGCUGUUGUUCGGGAGGGUGCCGUCUCGGAAUCCGUAGCCGGAAGAGUCGGGCGGGGAAGGCAGAGCCGCGUGGGGAGCAUGAACCACAAAAGCAAGAAGCGCAUCCGUGAAGCGAAGCGGAGCGCGCGUCCCGAGCUCAAGGACUCCCUCGAUUGGACUCGGCACAACUACUGCGAGAGCUUCCCGCUGAACCCGGCGGGCUGCAAGGAUAAUGUAGAAAGAGCAGAUGCCCUCCAUUUGUCAGUGGAAGAAUUCAUUGAAAGAUAUGAGAAACCUUAUAAGCCUGUUGUCCUGUUAAAUGCUGAGGCAGGAUGGUCAGCUCAAGAGAAGUGGACUCUGGAACGCCUGAAGCGCAAAUACAGGAACCAGAAAUUCAAGUGUGGGGAGGACAAUGACGGUUAUUCUGUGAAAAUGAAGAUGAAAUAUUACAUUGAAUACAUGGAGACUACACGAGAUGAUAGUCCUCUCUAUAUAUUUGACAGCAGUUAUGGGGAACAUCCAAAGCGCAAAAAACUUUUGGAAGACUAUAGGGUACCCAAAUUCUUCACUGACGAUCUGUUCAAAUAUGCAGGAGAGAAGAGAAGGCCACCUUACAGGUGGUUUGUGAUGGGCCCACCUCGUUCAGGAACAGGUAUUCACAUUGACCCUCUGGGAACCAGUGCGUGGAAUGCCUUAGUCCAUGGACAUAAGCGCUGGUGUCUCUUCCCUACCAGCACUCCCAGAGAACUGAUCAAAGUGACUCGUGAAGAAGGAGGCAAUCAGCAAGAUGAAGCCAUCACUUGGUUCAGAGUAAUAUAUCCCCGAACGCAACUUCCCACUUGGCCUUCAGAGUUCAAACCUUUGGAAGUAGUACAAAAACCUGGAGAGACUGUGUUUGUGCCAGGUGGCUGGUGGCAUGUUGUUCUCAAUCUUGACACGACUAUUGCUGUCACUCAGAAUUUUGCCAGCUGUACAAACUUCCCUGUGGUGUGGCACAAGACAGUAAGAGGAAGACCAAAGUUAUCCAGAAAAUGGUACAGGGUCCUCAAGCAGGAACAUCCUGAACUAGCUGUACUAGCUGAUUCUGUUGACUUACAAGAAUCAACGGGCAUUGCUUCAGACAGUUCUAGUGAUUCAUCUAGUUCUUCCAGCUCCAGUUCUUCAGAUUCUGAUUCAGAGUGCGAUUCUAGCUCUGAAACCGAAGGAAUGGUGCAUCGAAGAAAAAAGCGAAGAACAUGCAGCAUGAUGGGAAACGGUGAUACUACCUCUCAUGAUGACUGUGUGAGCAAAGAGCGUAGGUCCUCCAGAAUUAGAGAAUCUUGUGGAAGUCGUGCUCAUCCGUGAAAGAUAACAAGACCUUCUGCAGAUAGUUGCAACCAGCCAGGUGUCUUCUGUUCCUCCCACCAGCUGUAUACUUGAAGCUUUUUGAGGACUUCCCCUCUCCAUUUUUAAUUUUAAAUCUAAACUUUUAACUUCUGUUCCCUGUUAUCAAAGUCUGACGUCUUGCUAACUAAAGGAGAACACUCAAGAUUUCUAUAUGUUCAAACUUUUCCCCAGACAACGGUAAUAAAUGGAAGGCAUUGCUGAUAUCUGUAAAGUCAUACUAUGGUUUCCAACGCUGUACAGCCAACAAAGGAAAUGGCAAAUUUCUAUUAACAAAACUGUCUUUUAAAACAAACCCUGCUCCAAUAUUGUCAUAUGUUUACAAGAUGAAUUCUAGUGCAUUAACAACUGGGGGUCAGGCAUACAACCGUUAGUCUGCAAUUGGCCAGCAGCUCCUUCAUUAUAGCACAAGUGAACCAAGAUGAUUCUCCUAUUGUAUAAAUUAUUACAUGUAAAAGCACCUUUUAUAAUUCUGAAUAUAUCGGUAACAUCAAGCCAACCAUGGACUAAAUGAGACUCUUACAAAAGUAUUGUUUGAACCAGCAGUUCAUCAUCAUUGCUUUGUUUUUUUAUA